AUGAUCAUCACCAACCAUGGGAAAGGUCAACGACAGAUCAGUCCGUAUCCGACUUAUGAGCUGACUAGAAAAUGCCUUCUUUGCCAGACCUUGAUCAAGGACAGCUCAUUUCAAGCCUUGGUCCAGAACGAGAAUGGUAUUUUUGCCAGCAAAGUCGCAGCUUAUCCGGGCUUUGAAGGCAUUGACAUCCAUGCCUCCAAUGGACUGCCCAAUGCGGAACGUGUCAUGAUAUCCCUGCGACCACUGCAUGCUUUCCGCCGAUACCAUCGCAAGGCCCAACCGUCGUUUUGUAUGCAUGAUCUCUGCUGGAAAGUGGCUGGACAUGCUGCAUCUCUCGAGACAUGGUAUGCGAUGAUCAGUUCUCAACAGAGCCGCACUCUAUCUAUCCCAGAUACAAUGCUAUAUCAACCAGACACGCUGGAGAUGGCCUUUCAAAUAUUCGAUUUAUCGACACCACCUCUUGACAAAAGUUUGAUUUCUAUUCGGAGAUUACCAAUCGAACUCAGACUCCGUAUUUGGGAAUAUCUGGAUGAGAAAUCUUGGCUGGCAAGGGGCUUUAUCGCUAUCUACCGGAGCACAGAGGUUAACUGUGAGCAUCUGGGAGUUCCGUACCUCAGCUGCAUCCAUGUAGGCUCCACGGCCUCUUGUAGCAGCGGACAGAUUGAAGUACUGGCUGAAGUGAGCACAAUCGAAACAGCCAGCACCAAUUAUGGCGCCGAACAUCAAUGGAAACGGUUCAUCCAGAAUACAAAUUCGUCUAAAACGAUUCAUUUCAGUGGAAAGGAUCAAAUCGAGAAUACUGCCUUUGGUGGUAUAGGAAACAAGUAUGCCAAUGACAACAACACUGACGACUUUGGCCAUGACUGUAUGUGGAAUCCUGCUCUUCCAAGAGGUCAUAUCUAUCCCAAGGACAGCUACUUUUCGCAUGACGAGUGGGAUAGAGGCUAUAGAUAUAGUACGGUUUCGGGGUUCAUGCGAUAUGUUCCGUUCUUGAAGAAAGAUCAUCGGCUGUACAGCAUUACGACUUUUACGUUUACGAACUACCGUGUCGAAGGCUUCGAGUGUGUGUUUCAACGCAUUGAUGAUCCAUCUCGAUUUGUCAUCGAGUUAAUUGGAAAACGCAAUGAGUUCCCUUGCUAUCUUCGACUGAUGGAAGAUGAAGUUAUCAGCCACGUUUGGAUUGUUCGCGAGACUGAAGAAUGGGCAGGUCUGCAGGAGGAAUUCUAUCCUACACAGCUAGGCCUGAUUGUACGGCUUCCUUCUGUUUAUAUCUUUUAUUUCAUUGACCGAGUCAGUGGCAUCUACUACGACAGCACGUCCAGCCUCGGCGUGACUUACUCUGGCCAACCAUCGAAUCAUGCUGGCAUCCCAGAUCCUGACCCGCGAAUCCUUGGAAGCCUGAAACUUGGCACUAUUCAAACCUUUAUCUCAAUGCACGAUAUCGAACAGAUUGAGGGCUGGCAUACCAACGACAGAUGCAUGGAAUUGCGGGUGAUAUUUGCAGAUGGGCGCCAGGAUGCACUCGGUCGUUGGGAUGAUCCUCCGGCAGACUAUAGCCAGAAGACAGUGAUGUUCAUCAAGGGCGACCACCAUUCUUUCGAUGGGAUUGAAAUCCCGAUAAAAGAUUUGGAAAUGAAACAUACUGAGCUAUUGCCACGGUCUUAUGCCAGUGGAAUUCGGAUUGGGGAUACUAGCGUCGGAGAGAUGACAGACGAGGGCAGUCGCUAUUGCCAGGAUGACUAUCUGUACUGGGAGUACAAUCGAGAUCUUGAUUCUCUCUUUUUGACCAGUCAACGUAUAUAG